AUGAGUGUUUUCGACGAGAUAGCGGAGAAAGCGGGCGAUGCCCACUGGGACAAGUGGAAGGAUGAAGUUUUUGGAGCUCGUGCUGAAACCGCAUCCUUUGUCGCUCGUCGACUGGGCCGCGGCGGCGAGGAGGUAAUUGACUGGUUCGAGGGCUCCUUUAACUUCUGCCUCCGAGUCAUGUUUGACGAUGAACGCGCCGACGCCGUUAUUCGAUUCCCCGGCCUUGGACACACGACCUUUAGGGACGAAAAGGUUGUAAACGAGGUUCAGAUCAUUCAGUUCCUCCAUGAGCAGACGAAUAUCCCUGUACCACGUCUGCUGAGCUGGGGUUUAACCAAGGACAGCCUGCACCACUUUGGGCCCUUUAUCAUCUCAGAGUUUGUCGAGGGAGUGCAUUUAUCUGAUAUUCUCAGAGACCCAGCCAUUCCCGCAAAGCUCUAUCUCAAUCCAAACAUUGACAGUCAAAUACUGGACGUUUUGUUUGAACAAAUUGCCGAUAUCUUACUUCAGCUGUUUCAAUUCGACUUUUCUCGUAUUGGAGCAAUCUCCAAAGACCCGAUGUCGGGCACAUGGUCGGUCACUGGACGGCCGCUCACCUACAGCAUGAACGAAUUAGCAACAACAGCUUUCUACCCUCUUGAUAAGUUUGCCACUGGUCCGUUUGAAUCUGCAAGCAGCUACUUCAGAUACCUCUCAUCCGAAAACUUAACCCACCUUUUCACUCAGCCCAACCUCUCUUCAUCCAGGAAGGAAGCUGAGGAGCAAUACGUUGCGCGGCAUCUCUUUGCACGCCUGAUUGACAAGCACUGUAUUUGUGACAAUAGGCCCUUCAAACUAUUCUGUGACGACCUUCGACCUCAGAAUAUACUCAUAGAUCCCAAAUCUCUCCGCAUAACUGCUGUCCUCGACCUCGAAUUCACAAAUGCCCUGCCGAGCCAGUUUGCGUCAGACCCGCCGUGGUGGUUGCUCCUGGCUGGGCCAGAUUCGUAUCUAUUUCGGGGUCACAGCAUGGAAGAGCUUUUGUCGGCAUAUGAGCCCCGGCUGGGGCAAUUUCUGCAAGUGAUGCAACGGGUUGAGAGGUCAAGAGAGAUACCGUGCACUGAGAAAUCUCUUUCUGGUCUGAUGCGUGAAUCAUGGGCUACGAAACGCUUUUGGUUUAACUACUCGGCGAGGAAGCCUUUCGAUGUUGACAAGCUCUUCACCAAUUGUUUGAGUGAGAAUGGUGUAGGCGUAGAGACACUGGACGAGGAUAUUCGUGCAGCACUAGCACCCUUCGUCGAGAUGAAGAUGGACCAGUUCAGGGCAUAUGACGAGGAUUGCAAAGCCUUGCUAUAA